UUGACAUUCGAUUCAACAUGGCAACGAAGGAAAGUAAAGGAAAAAAGGGUAAAGAAAAUGAUAAGAAAAGUGGCAAAAAAAGCGAAGAACCGUCUCUAAGUGAAGAAAAAAAGGACGAAACUUUAUCCCCCUCAUCAGAAGAAAAUUCCCCAGAGGGCCAAACACCUGUUGUUGAAGUUCCAGUGGAACCUCCAAAAAUACCUACUCCAGAACCGGUUUAUGAAGAACCUAUUUUACCAAAAUUAAUUAUAGAAUGUUUUGAAGGUGAAUUAGUAAAAGGACAAUAUGAUGGAGAAUGUUCUAUGGUUUAUAAAGGAGGACAUUCGUACAAGGGCCAGUUUUCUGAAGGUCUUAUGAAUGGAAAAGGAAAAUAUAUUUGGGCUGAUGGAGUCACUUAUGAGGGAGAUUUUGUGAAUAAUGUUAUCACUGGAAAAGGAAUUUAUACCUGGACUGAUGGGAGUUGGUAUGAAGGAGAUGUAGAGGAAGGCAAGAGACAUGGUGAUGGUACCUUUAGAUGUCCACAUUAUCAAGUAUCUUAUGUUGGUGAAUGGAUUAAUGGUAAACGAAAUGGCAAGGGAAGAAUGGAAUAUGAUGGUGAAGGUAAAUCAUUCUAUGAUGGUGAUUGGUUAAAUAAUAUCAAACAUGGCUGGGGUUUACGUCAAUACCCGUCUGGUAAUGUCUAUCAAGGAAUGUGGUUUAAUAAUGUUCGUCAUGGUGAAGGAUCUAUGAAAUGGAUAGAUAAAGACCAGAUCUAUACUGGACAGUGGGAGAAUGGAAUUCAGCAUGGAAUGGGUCAGCAUAUUUGGUUAUUAAGAAGAAAUCAUUCCUCUCAAUAUCCUUUAAGAAAUAUGUAUGAUGGUGAAUUUGUGAAUGGAUUACGCCAUGGUUUUGGAUCUUUUAGAUAUGCUAAUGGAGCAUUAUAUGAAGGCUACUGGAAAAACAACAUGAAGCAUGGAAAAGUUAUGUUUGUUAUAAUGAGAUAUAAAACCAGUGAUGUUAUGUUUGUUAUAAUGAGAUAUAUAACCAGUGAUGUGAUGUUUGUUAUAAUGAGAUAUAUAACCAGUAUAAAGAAGAUCUACACCUUCUACAGUAAUCUAGGUCAUGAUGAAAGUCUAGAUAAUAUCUAUAUUAUGAAUAAAAUGCAAUUCUGGAGAUUUUUAAAAGAUUGCCAAUUACAUCAUUUUGAGUUGACUUUAAUGGAUAUGGACAGAAUCAUUGGAAAGAAUUACCAUAAAGCAACUUAUGAGCUUCACAAUCCUUUUGAGAAGAUAUUACAGAGACAGUUUAUUAAUUAUUUAAUAAUAUUAGCCUAUCAUACAUAUCAUGAACAGAUGGAAGAAGAUGGUCCUAUAUUAUCAUGGUGUAUGUCCAAAUUGAUCACAGAAAAUGUCUUGCAGAAUGCCUGUAAUGUUCAUGGUUUUAUCUAUAUUGAAACUAGAAGAGCUAAUAAUGCUCUAGUACAUUUAGAUCAAGCUUAUGAAGUGUAUCAAUCUGUAUCUUCACCAAGAAAGCACAAACCAAAAGAACCAGCAUUAAAGAUGAGACAGUAUUUAUUUAUGAUGAAGGAUUUAAAGUUGAUAAACAAUGAUUUAGAUCCACAAGCAGUAAUAAGAGUAUUGUCAUCAGAUGAUCCUAGUGUUGAUGAUUCUGAAGGAUGUUAUAAUCUAGAACUAGAGAUGACUUUCUUGGAGUUUUUUGAAGCAUUAAUUGGCUGUGCUGAGAUAUUUGUAACAGAAGCAGUAGUUAAAGAUCCUGCAACACCUCGACCAAGUACAGCUUUGACACAAGAUCAAAGCAUGUACUCUAUACCAGUAGCUCCAUCUAGGUUGACAAGUCAUGCUGGUGUUGAAGAUGGUGUGGAAUCAGCACAAGCAACACCCAAUCUUGAUAAUUCUAGUGGUAUGGGAACACCAACAAGAGCUCAAUCAUCAGCAGCGACCACAAAUAAAACAGCCGAGAACUCACAUAAGACACUUGAAAAUCAAGCAUCUUCCAACAACCUGAUAUCAGAUACUGGUAUUCAAGGUCUACAAGACAGUUCAAAAGACAUCCAAGAUUUAGGAGAACAACAAAAAUCUGCAUCAUUUGUGAGCACUCAAACAACAGGUACAGAAGAUAAUGCUCAAUUAAUACAGAGUACAGUGUCUAUUGGUGGGCAUACAGAAAUCGCUAUAGAUGAUACAGAUAGAAUCAGUGAUGGUGAAAAUGAGGAAGAAGAAGAGUUAGAUGAAGCAACCAGAAGAUUCAAUUUCUGGACACAUCAAAUUCACAUUUUCUUUGUCAGAAAGUUUUUCCCCGCUGCUGAAAGAAUGUCUGUUAUUAGAACAGCUAUAAGCUGUAAAAUGUUAGAGGAGGCUAGACAAAGAUCUGUGGCUUCCCACUACUAAACAGUUCUGAUUAGUCCAGCAGUCCACCGUCCAAGCUUUUACUGAAAUUCAACUGAAGCAAUUUUAUUUCCAACUACUGUAGUUGGGUUGGUCUUUAACCCAGUAAUCAAGCUGUUUAUAUAAAAGGACAUCUUCAUGACAUCAAGUUAUUAUGUACUGUGUCUAAUAUCUUGACUGCAAUUGCCUGUAUUCUUGUAUCACGCGAUGCAGUGAUUGGACAGUACUCUAAAGAAAACAGCCAAUCAGAACCCUUGACAUUAAGACUGUGAACAGUAUGGCUUACAAACUUUCAGUUGAGGGGCUCUGAUAGUGUACAAUCCAAUCAGAUUGCUGCAUAUACCAAAGGUGGCUAUUGCAGUCAAGAUAAAAGACAAAGUUUGUACAAGCUUGACAUUGUGAAGAUGCCAAGAGGGUCAUGUUCUUGUUCCUUGUUGAACCCAUAUCAAUAGGUAUUUAUAGUGUAAAAGCUAUACAACAUAUUCUGUUGGUCGGAAUGAAAUUUUGGUUUGUCAAUUGACCAUUUUUAGAUUGUAAUAUAACCAUAUCUUAUUUUACGAAACUGUGAUAUUUUGUUAUUUAUUUAUAUCUUGAUAAUGUAUGCAGGUAACGAUAAUAAAAAUUCAACAUC